GUAAACUAUGGCAACCAGUCAGUUUCUGAAUGUUGGGCAUAAAUGGAGUCCUACUGUGCUCUGGUACUGGUGCUUCUAUUUGAUACACAGAUAAUAUAUUUUUUAGCUAUUUUAAAUCUAAGGAUAGUUUUCAUAAAGCUCUCACCAUGUGAGUCUUCUCAAAGCCCAAACUUGACACUAAAGGGUUGCAGUGAUCAUGUGAACAUGUUUCCUUUAGGUCAUACAGUAUUGAUUCAGGCUGGCCAAUCAAACACAGUCUUGUCUGUGAUGAGUGGAGAAACUAUUAGUAUUUGCUCAUUCUGCACAGCAAUUUGAACACGAUGACAUCUCCAAAGUUUGUUUUCUACCUGACAUGUUUGUUCUUGGUGGAGAAGGCUCCGAUGACUGAACUAAAACUGUCUUUGUCUCAGAGUCAAGCAAGUGGAUUUUUAUCAGUUAAAGCAGGAGACAAGUUGACUUUACAUUGUUCUUAUGAAGUUAAUGUUGGGACAUGGCUUUCCUGGUAUAAACAAGUUCUGCGACAGAAACCAAGGCUCAUCUCUAGCUUCUACGUGUUUGAUACAAUUGGCGUUUUUUAUGAUGAUUUUAAGAACAAUCCACGCUUCACAUUGCAUACUGGCAAUGGUAAAAAUCACUUAAAUAUCUCAGAUUCACGUGUAUCAGACUCAGCUACUUACUAUUGUGUGAGGAGUCAAUCACACAAAUUUGAAUUGGCAGAGGUCACUACUGUCAGUGUAAAGAGUUCAGGUUUGACCGUCCCAGCUUUGGUCCUUCAGUCAGCAUCUGAGCCCCUCCAGCCAGGAGGCUCUGUGACUCUGAACUGUACAGUACACACUGGGACCUGUGAUGGAGAACACAGUGUUUACUGGUUCAAAAACUCUGAAGAAUCUCAUCCAGUGCUCAUUUACACCCAUGGAGGCAGGAACGAUCAGUGUGAGAGGAAUUCCAACACACAAACACACACCUGUGUCUACAACUUGCCACUGGAGAGCCUGAAUCUUUCUCAUGCUGGGACCUACUACUGUGCUGUUGCCUCAUGUGGACACAUACUGUUUGGAAAUGGGACCAAACUGGACAUUGAGCGUGAUAAAAUCUCUCUUGUCUUGGUGUAUUUCCUAAGUGGCGGUUUGAUAUUCACCACCAUCCUGAAUUUUUUACUGGCUUUUUUACUGUACAGUAAGAGAAACAGCUGCCAAUGUGGAGAAUCUCAUGCAAGAUUUUCAGCUUUUUCCACAACAAAUGCAGAGGGUUACAAAAAUGAGGAUGAUCUCCAUUACGCUGCUUUAAGAAUAAAAAAGGCCAGCAGAGGAGACAGAAGACAGAGGGACGACACACAAGAAGAGUGUGUGUACUCCAGAGUGAAGCAAUAAAGCUAAAAAUGUUUCAUCUUUUUUCUCUGUGUAACAGGACAUGACCUUUUACUGUGUCUUUUGUGCGUUAAGUGUCAUUUGUAAUUUGGCUUUUACAAGAGCAGGAACAGUUUUCUCAACAUUAUUUUAUCUAAAAAUGUUUAAUGUAAUGCUUUACUGUGUAAUAAACCAUCUAACAAACAAA